AUGGAAGAAAUUGAGGAGGAGAAGCUCAAUUCUUACGAGAUCCACUUUUACGCCCCAAGUGCUGCUGAGAUAGAAAGUGAAGUGAACAAAGAAGGGUCUUUUGAAUUAGAGAAGUUAGAGAUGUUUGAAGUAGACAAGGAGUGGGCCAGCAAGGAUGGUAUUAGUGCAGGUCUGGUGUAUGCAAAGACGGUAAGAGCGGCUCAAGAGUCAAUGAUUGCUUCACACUUCGGAGAAGAGAUAUUGGACAAGAUGUUUGAUACAUAUGGACAAGAUGUUUGA